GAAACGGACAAAUUUGUGUAGCAUGAAUCGGCGUAAACGCGUUAUACCAAGUUAGUCCUGUGAAAAGCAUUUUGCAAGAUCAAAAAAUAUGGCAAUAUUUCUUGUUACGUUGACAAGUGUACUGUCAGUAGUGUAAUGCUUUCUGAAGUAUUAAAGAGUUGACGUAGAUUCAAGACUAUAUACAUGGUGAUAUGCCAUGAUAUAUAUUAAAUAUACAUUGACAAUACAUUCACGCUAAUUCGCUAUCCAUUUCUCUAAACAGUUGGUAGAAUUUAUGCGUGUGGUGUGCGGUAGUCCGGCGACGGCGUCCGUUUGUAGGAAAGAGGAAAGGGAGAAGGAUUCCUUUGUCGGAAUCGAAGACGACCUUGUGUGUUUGGAAAUCCACAAAGACCAGAGAUCGGUAAAUUUGGUAUCUCUGAGAAUUCAGCGAACCCUACGUGCAUUCUAUUUUCUUUCUCCUUCCCUCAGUUAUCCAUAAACUUAUCUACACCUCAUCGUAGAUUUUUUUCUUUCCUGUAAAGUGGAAGAAUAACAGUGGUACAUAAAACGAUUACUCGGCUCCCUCCCUCGGGAGCUUCUGCGCCUCGGCGCUUAAGCCGUGUUAGGAAGAAAAAGGAAGAAAUUACGGAAGGGGGAAGGUUAAGGGGACGGCAGGAAAGGGAAGACGCGCCGUCCAUCACCAUGAAGCUUGUCGACCACGUGGUGAGAAGCUUCAAGGUGGCCAAGGUCUUCCGAGAGAAUUCCGAUCGUAUAAACAGUAUCGAUUUCUCGCCAAAUGGAGAUACACUUAUCUCCUGCUCGGAGGAUGAUCAAAUCGUAAUAUACGAUUGUGAAAAGGGCACUCAAGUUCGUACAGUUAAUUCGAAGAAAUACGGCGUUGAUUUGAUUCAUUUCACACACGCCAAAAAUACUGCCAUUCACAGCAGUACCAAAGUAGAUGAUACUAUUCGAUAUUUAAGUUUGCACGACAAUAAAUAUAUCCGAUACUUUCCUGGUCAUACUAAGAAAGUAGUAUCGCUUUGUAUCAGUCCUAUAGAGGAUACUUUUCUUUCUGGAUCUUUGGAUAAGUCCUUGAGGCUUUGGGAUUUACGUUCACCAAAUUGUCAUGGUGUUAUGAAUGUUUCCGGACGUCCAGUUGCCGCAUACGAUCCUGAAGGUUUAAUUUUUGCUGCUGGAGUAAAUUCAGAGAGUAUUAAGCUAUAUGAUUUACGCAGUUUUGAUAAAGGACCUUUUGUGACCUUUAGACUUUCUCAGGAAAAAGAAUGCGAUUGGACUGGCUUGAAAUUCAGCAGAGAUGGUAAGACCAUUCUGAUAUCGACCAAUGGCAGUACAAUUCGCUUGGUGGAUGCUUUCCAUGGUACUCCAUUACAAACUUUUGCUGGUUAUUUGAAUAACAAAGGCAUUGCAAUAGAGGCCAGCUUUAGCCCAGAUUCACAGUUUGUAUUUAGUGGCUCUACAGAUGGUAGAGUACAUGUAUGGAAUGCAGAAACUGGAUAUAAGGUAUGUGUUCUUAAUGGAGAUCACCCUGCACCAGUUCAGUGUAUUCAAUUCAACCCAAAGUAUAUGAUGUUGGCAUCUGCAUGUACCAAUAUGGCUUUCUGGUUACCAACAGUUGAUGAAAGUGCAUAAGACUAAUCAGACCAAUGUAGGGCGAUGCUCUCAGAAAUUUAUUUAUUAUUGGUAUGGAAAUAAGCUGAGAACUACAGCAAACAGAAAGAAAUGGCGGUGUAAAGCUCCUGGGUAUAUUGAUUGAAAGAAUAUUGCAUCUAUAAUAUAUACAAGAUGAAAGAGCCGACGUAUGAGACGCCGGUACCGGUACGAACCCAAGGAGCCAAAGGAUCGUCAAAGGACAAGAAAGAUCACCAUUACAUGAUAAUCAUGGUUUUGGUACUUGCACUUGUCUACUGCAAAAUGGCACGUUUAGAGUACGUUAUACUCUUUCUAUGUAUGUCGUCGUUGUCUUCGUCGUCUUCAUCGUCAUGCAUCCUAUGGCGCGAUGAACGCGACCAUUAUAAUACAUACCUUGUCACUGUCUAAACUUGUGACAUACCAUCACUUCUAUAACAUCUUAAAGUAUAUUAAAUACUGCUAGUAUUCGGAUGUGUCGUCUUGUGUACAUAGUUUCUUUCCACGUACCUGUGUGUAGUAUAAUGGAUAAAGAACAACUUAUAUACUGGAAAAAAUCUCCUGUGACAGUGAAUUUUGUUAACUCACGAACAGUUAAAAUAUUUCAGCAUAUUUGCUUUUCUUCCACUUUAUCUGAUUUAUAUAUAAGGUGAAUCACAAAGAAGAGUUUUUAUUAUGCAUUGACAAUAUUAAAAUCAAGGCAAUACAUUUUUUAUGCAUCAAUUCAAACAAGAAGGUACGUUUAACAUUUUUGUACCAUGGUAUAAAUGAUAUCUUUGAAUAAAAUUUUUCAAGCAGCAAAGAAUAAUUUGCUUACAAUUUUCUAAACAAUUUUAAUUCACAAAUAAAUCUGAUAUUUGUUUUAAAUUUUGAUUGCAUCGAUGCUAUGAAAAAUGUUAACAAAUUUCGAAAUCUUGACUACACACAUAUUAUUGUUAAUCCUGUUUGUAUAGAAACAGACUGUCAAUAUACAUGUACAUCCACACAGAUACAAAGAAUCAUAAAUGAGCAUUCAAUUACACCUGGUUGAUUCUUAGAAUUUGAACUCUUUCAUUACUUCAUUCAUUUAUACUUUUGUUUAAUUCAUUUAUUCUCAUGUACGACCGUCCGAAAACCAAAGGUGUUUGAUCAUCAUUUAUUGAAUACUACUAAAAGUAUAUUAAUACAAUGAUACAUACACGAAACAUACGAUGUUAUAAUAAGCGAAAAGAAGGUAGUCAUCGAGCUUAUUUAUUAUAUAUGAUAAGCACACGAUCGCUCAUCUACGUUUUCUUUGACAGCGUUAAGCAUUUCAGGUUAUUACGAAUUUUUGUAUGAUAAAGUUUAUACCAUAUCUUGGUUUUGCACGACUGCCACAAAUACUUGCGUUAUUAUGCGUUAUCAUAACUACGAUAUAUCAUCAUCAAUUUGCAUACGUGAAACCGGCGGGCCGGAAUGAAAAAUUAAUCAAUAUUCGUAGUGAACGCAGUAAGGAAAACGUCUAAUCAUAAUCCAGUUAUUCUUGAGUUUGACCAGAUCCUCCCUCCUAGUCUGCCUCGAAGUGCAUACGAAUAGACAGGCUUGUUUUUUCAGAAUUUGCAUUGUAAAAAUUUCAAGAUUACUAGGCUAUGUUGUAAAAGAAAAAGAAUAAGAAAGAAAAAACAAAACAGAAAAGAAAACUUUUGCAUUACCGUUGAAUGUUACACACUUACACAAGCAUUCUUUGAACUUUGAUCGCAUUUGAUUCUUUGAACUUUAGCUCGAUGGUUAGUUGUACUUUCACACAUAUUUUCGAAUACAUUUAAAUUAAAAGGAAGCACCAAUUUUUGUUUGCGCUAUCUCACAUAUGUACACAAAAACGAUUAUUAGCCUGCCUAUUUAUCCUAGUACAUCACCGUGAGAUUUUCAUUUCUUGAUCCUAAAGCUGCUUUGAUGCUUAGCGAAAGAAAAGGAAAAGGAUAGAAAGAAAAGAAAAGAAAAAAAAAACAACAAGAAAUACGAGGUGCAUUAGCCUAUAAAGAUAACCUAAAAUGUGAUUUAGUUAUUUCAAAAAUUUAUGUUUUUAUGAUAUGUACGUAAAGAGGAUUCUAUAGAAAACUAGAUUAAAAAAAAAAAAAGGAAAAAAGAAAGAAAAAAAGGAACUGUACAGUACUACGAUUGAUAGAUAUUUGUUUUUGUAAACUGGUAUAUUUAUAAUUUACUGUUUUCUUUUCUUUUUUUUUUUUUUUUUUUUUUUUUUUUUUUCUUUUUUUAAUCUAUUAUGAUUAUAAAAUCAACAUUUUUCUAUGUUGCUAGGAUACUUUGCUUCCUGGGUUCCCAAGUGAAAAAGUUUCGCAAUAGGCACGACCGAUACAAUUUAUGUUAAUGACCAAUAUUAUUUUAAAUAUUCCUUUACGAUUGUUAUUUAUUUUAAUUUAAUUCCGUCACAACGUGAUUUCGUAUGAUUUCUUUUAUUUUUGAAAAAUACCUCCAUUUUGAUAUCGUAAGUAGCAUUAAAUCGAAAUUACUUAUGAAUCAUCCUCGUUAUAAGAGGGGGAGGGGUAGAGGGGGGGGGGAAGAGAGAGAGAGAGAGUAACCUCAUUUUUGGUAUAUAUUUUAAAUGAAUCUAUCCAGCCAUUUAAAAACGAUAGAAUGGAGAUACACACAUACAAAUAAAAAUAUAUGUGUAUGUAUAUAUGUAUAUUUAAAUUUUGAUAUGAAACGUAAAAAUUUUUAAAGAAUUUUUGAAUAUUUCGAGUAGUUUCGAAAAUAAUUAUUUACACUUUUACUUUUAUCAAGAAAACUUUCUGCGGUCGUGCCUAAAGAAGAAGAAAAAAAAAGAACAAAGAGAAAUUAAAGAAAUUAAAGAAAUUAGUUCAUAUCGAUAAAACAAAAAGUUUCAAGAUCAUCGGAGAUAAUUUCCAUUUUUCCAUAGAUCGAAGAGACUUGGUUUUUUAUUUUCAUUCUUCUUUUUAUUUUAUUUUUUUUUUUUUUCACCAAUAUAUGUACAUAUAUAUUAUACAAUGUUCGUUAUUUUAACGUCUAAUUAAUAGAUUUAUUUUCUAGAGUUAGUACUUCGCGAGAAAGAAAAAAUACGUGAUUAUAAUAUUCUACUCGAUAGAGAGAGAAUGCAUGUUUUUUUGCGUACGUGGAUAUAUCUACUAGGCUGGAUGCACCCAUUCGUCGUAUACUUUCGUGUACGAUCGUGCUCCGAGGGUCAGCAGCGUGCAUGCAUGCGUGCAUGCAUAUAUGUAUGUGUCGUGUGUGCUUGCUGCGUGCGUGCGUGCGUGCGUGCGUCGUACGCUUGUCUCUUCUUCGUUAUGUAAAAUAGUAUUUUUAUAAAGGCAAAACAGUGUACGCAAGGUCCAUAAAGUCACGACGUUAAAGAAAAAAAAAAAAAAAAAAAAAAAAAAAAAGGCGAGAAAGAGCACGUAAGAGAUGUGAUGACGAUGACGUUCGGAUUAAAUAAAAAUAAAGAUUCGUAAGAAAAAAAGUCAUACAUAUUGCCACAUGGGAAAAAAAAAAAAAAAAAAGAAAAAAAAAAAGAAGAAAAAGAGUAAUAAAUAUAAAUGCUGGCACGGAAUUGAGAAUUUUUUCUCGUCAGUUUUAAUUACGAUGUUCGAUCCAUCUACUUAUCUAGACUAAAUGUUUCACGGAGGUCUUCUGUUUAUGUAAACUAAAUGUUCCACGGAUGUCAUCUAUUUAUCUAGACAAAAUGUUCCAUUGGACUGCCAGCCGAUUGACUAAAAGUGCCAAUUUGAGCACAUACCCGAUGCUAAGAAAAAUUAAAUAAACGAUAAAACAGAAAGAAAAAAAGAGAAAAGAAAACAAAUCUGUAAAAACGUGCAAAACACAAAACACUGUGUUCCCUUCUCAAAAGAGAAAGAAAUAGUUGUGUAUAUAUGUGUAUAUAUAUAUAUAUAUACAUGCAUAUAUACAUAUAUACAUACAUAUAUAUAUGUAUAUAUAUAUAUAUCAAUGCAUUGGUAUCCAUGUAGAGUUCUCUUUCGUUUUCUUUUUUUCUAAUCGAUAUUAUCAAGCGUUCAAAUGAAUAAAAAUCUGUGAAGUUACUGAUAAAUUUAUCGCAUUUGUUAGUAGGAUCGAUCCAUUUGUACGUUUAAUUUCGGGUACAUAGAUCACACAGGAGUAUAUACCUAAAUCGAUUUUCACUUCUUUUCUUUUUUUUUUUUUCUUUUUUUUUUUCUUCUUUUUCUUUUUUUUAUAUUAAUUAAUUCGCAAUAUUAAAAAAGUAAAACUUCUUGUGUAUAUAUUCUACUGCUUCUAAAUUUCCUCAAUAGAGGAAACAGAAUGAAAAAUUUUUUUAUCUUAAUUCAGAUUCCUACUUAUUUUUAUUCAUGCAAUUCAUUUCAUAUAGAAAUGUAGAUUUUCAGAUUCCAAAUUUAAUUUUUUUAAUUUCAAAAUCCUAUAUAAAUAUUGGUACAUAUAUAUAUAAAUAUAUAUAACAAUUUUAAUAAACCCAGCCUUGGUACUGUAUGAAAUAGUUAUCUGAAAAAAUGUGAAUGUAUUAAUCAAAUGUGAAACUUCACUUAUAAAAAAUGUAUUCUUUUAUCCAUUUAAGUUAUGUAAAAAUGUCGAUAAUUAAAUUUCACUUAAAAUACCAUUCAUUUGAUUUUUGUAUCAGCUAGGAUCAUUUUAAUACAAGAUAAAGUUACAUAAAUUUGUAACAAAUACAAGAUCAAUUUAUAAAUGAAAUUUAUUUCUUCAGAAUAUUAAUGUCUAAGUAUAUAUGAUGUUUUUUGAAUAAGUAUGUCAUAGUUUACUUAUUUUUUCUAACAAAAACAAUGUUCAAAUAUAUAAAAAACUUUUUUUAUUGACAGUUAAAAAUACUACAUAUCAGUGUAAUUAUUUGACUAAAAGUUGCUAAGAAGUACAUUAUUCAAAAUAUAGUUAUAAGAAAAAUUGACUAUCAAUAUCUCAUGUGAAAACUUUAUUUGACAGAAAGUUUAAUUAGAUAGUCACUUCAUUAACUUAAUGCACAAGGAUUACGUUGUCCUUUACCCUUUAUUCUCCCCCCCCCCUCCUCUUGUAAAAUCAUGAUUUAAACGCACGAACGUCUAAUAAAAAAGUAAAAAAUGAUUUUUGUACAUAUCACUAAUAUUUUGUCAUUAAAAAAAAUAUUUUUAAGUUAUAUAAAAUCACUAAGUUAUAUAAUUAAAUAUUUACGUUCAAAAAUGUAAUUAUAGUAAAAACUGAAGUUUUUAUUAAUUCAAUUUUUAAAUAGCUUCCUUGAGUAUUGUAUUAUAUAUAAAUAUGUUCUAAUUAUGUAAAUAAUAUGCAUAAAGAUAUCUCACCUGCAGUAUAGUUUUGCCAAAAUAUAAUAAAUUUAUUAAAUGUA